AUGAUGCCCAGCCUCACGCCCGUGCCCAACCACCUCGCCCGCCGCCUGCGCAACGGCCAGCUCGGCACCGCCAUCACCGCCCGCCUGGUCGACAAGAUCGACAUGGCCUCCCUCGCCUACGUCUCCGGCUGGCACUCGGUCCUCAUCGACCUCGAGCAUAGCGUCAUCGGCCAGGAGGCCGCGAUCCAGCUCACAAGGGCCUGCAUCCUCGCCGGAAUAGCCCCCGUCAUCCGCGUGCCCCAGGGCGACGCCGCCUGGCUCGGUCGCGCCCUCGACGCGGGAGCACAGGGCGUCAUUGUCCCGCACGUCGACACGGCCGACGAGGCGAGGCGCAUCGUCCAGCAGGCACGCCACUUUCCGCGCGGCCACCGCUCCUUCACCUACAGCUUCCCCUCGCUCCACCACCAGAACCUGCCCCCGCAACAAGCCUUCGACUACAUCGACAGCGAGACGCUCGUCUUUUGCAUGCUCGAGAGCCGCACCGCCAUUGCCAAUGCAGAGGAGAUUGCCGCCGUCGAAGGCUUCGACGUGCUCCUGAUCGGCUCGGCGGACCUGACGACCGACAUGGGCAUCAGCUGCCAGUUUGACCAUCCCGACUACGACGCCGCAGUGCUGCGCGUCUGCGACGUGGCCAAGCGGCACGGCAAGAUUGUCGGCCUGGGCGGCAUCCAGGGCCGGCCGGACCUGCUCAAGCGCUACAUUGACCACGGCGCCCGCUUCAUCAUGGGCGGCGCAGACUGGGGCAUGCUCCUCGCCGCCUUCCAGAACCAGCAAAAGAGCCUCAUGACGCUCCUCCCAGACCAGGAUGAGGUCAAGGCCGCACCCCUCCAGCUGCCCGUCUCGCGCUAG